UACUAAUCAUUACCAUAUAUCUAGUUAUGCGAGUGGUCUUACGAAGACUUGACAUGUAAACCAUGGAGCUGAGGAUAUUGUCCAAGAUAAUAUGAUUUAAACACAAAUCUGGUAUAGACCCAAACUCAGAGAGACCCUAAAUUCUACAACAGCUCCUUCCACAUCCUCCCUAGAUCAGACUGUAUACCAUCUCAUUAAGGCUGUAAAUAUGGAUGUGACAGUGUAUACGUUCUUCUCAGCAAAUGACCUUGAUAUUGCCAGUAUUGAGCGUGCAGCAUCAGAAUCACAGUGUCUCUGCAAAGUGUCUGGUAAAACUGUUAAAGUAGUUUCAGAGAACUCCUUCUCUUCUUCGGUUGGAAUGCAAGUGGGUGCCACGGCCGCUGUUCUACACGAAGUUCACAUAUUUGGGAUGUCCUGUGAGAGGUGUGUGAACGCUAUCUCACAGAGUAUUCAGGAGCUCCCUCUACUGAUGUUCCAGAUCAGGCUCAAAGAAGACCGUGGAUUGUUUGUUUGUUCUAAAGAUUUUGACGUAAACACGAUAGCGGAUAUCAUCAAUAAUAUCGGACCCAAGUUUACUGCGACCCCGUCCAAACGAUCUUCUGGAAUUUUAUCCGUGAUCACUGAGAAGCUAGAAAUGAGUACUUCCUACUUCGAAGUAAAGGGAAUGACUUGCCAGAGAUGUGUAGCUAAAAUACAGGAUACAGUGAACAAGCUGGAAGGUGUACUAACUACCUCAGUCAGUCUUCCCUCCUGUGAAGCAGUGGUGAAGCACGACCCAGCAUUAGUUACUGCUCUAGCUGUGGAGUGUUGUAUCAACAGUAUCGGGAAGUUUACUUGCAAACAGAAAAACAGCUCUACCCCCACCACAGCCCCCACCCCCAGCGAAUGGGGUCCCAUCUCCCCCUUCAGCGCCCCUAACCUCACAGCUCGCCCCUCAGACCCCCUAGGGUUCGGGGGUGCACCCCCCGUGGGGGAUACCAGAAAGUGCAGUAUAACUGUGGAAGGGAUGACGUGUCAGAGCUGUGUCAGUGUUAUUCAGGAUACACUUCCUGUCAAGUGUUCUAACGUCAGAUCUGUUGUUGUGUCCCUGAGAGACAAGUUAGCAGUGGUCGAGUACACAGCACUGCCGGACUUCACCGUGUUUACCCUCUGCAAAGUUAUCAGUGACCUUGGUUUUAAUACUUUUCCUAAAUCAGACUCUCCUAUGCACGGUAAUACAGUAAACCUGUACAUAGACACAGGAAAGCAGCUCACUCCACAGAGCAGGAAGAUAUACGACCAGUUACUCUCACCAGUCCCGGGGGUCACACAGAUCUCUAUAGGCGAAAAGUGCAUAGUGUUGGAAGCAGAAUCAGAUGUUAUUAGUUACGAUGAAGUGUUGGCUCUGGUUAACAAAACCAUAUCUCGACAAAAGAAACCUCCAAAGGAAAAGAAGUUGAAAUCUACCACAUUAGAAGUUGAACUACAGGAUCUAGAUAGCUCACCCCGCAGACUCCUGGUAGCUAUUCAAGGAAUGUCAUGUGCUACCUGUGUUAACGCUAUAGAGACCAAUGUUACCAAGAUGUUGGGAGUGAGAUCUGUUAGGGUUAACUUGGUGGGAGAGAAAGGAGAAAUAGAGUAUCAGCCCGGUCAUAUCACCUCUAAAGAAAUAGAGGACAAGAUUAACAGUAUGGGAUUCAUCUGUACUAUAAUUCAGGACGGAAAACAUUCCGGGUUCAGCGAGCUGGCGGUGCACAUAACAGGUAUGACGUGUAGUUCCUGUACUAACAGUAUAGAAAGAAUGUUACUCCAGUUAGAGGGGGUAAAGGAGGCAUCUGUUGUUCUCACUACUGAAAUGGGUAAGAUACAAUACGACAACAAUGUGAUCGGUGUACGGACAAUCCUCAGUGCUAUACGGGAUGCCGGAUUCCAGGCUGAAAUACCUAGCAAGGAUACUAAAAUGGAAGCGCUGUCCCACCGUAAAACUAUAAACUCGUGGCGGUUAACAUUUGUGCUGUGUCUUAUGCUGGCAGCUCCUAGCAUGAUAGUCAUGUACGCAGUACCCAAAACGAGUAAUGUGAUUAUGGGGUUAAAGUUGAGACCUUUUCUGUUGUUUGUCAUCGCUACUCCUGGACAGUACAUAGGUGGACGUAAGUUCUUCGUCACAGCGUGGAAGUCUAUCCUCCACAAAUCAGCCAACAUGGACGUGCUCAUCUCUCUUGGAGGACUGAUCAGUUAUCUGUACUCUGUUGGUGUGUUGCUACAUGCUGUUCUUACUCUCAGAACUGGUCCUGUCGAGGUAUUCUUCGAGACCUCUCUCAUGUUAUACACAUUUGUCAGUUUGGGACGCUGGAUCGAGAACAUCGCUAAAGGUCAGACGUCAGCAGCUCUCUCCACCCUCCUCUCAAUGCAGGCUCACAGUGCUAAGAUAGUAACGUUAGAACCUGGUACUCUAGACGUGAUUCACGAGGAGAAUAUUGAUAUUGAGUACGUGCAGAAGGGAGAUAUUGUUAAGAUUCUACCCGGAGCCAAGGUCCCCGUGGACGGUGAGGUUGUAUCAGGUAAAAGUACUGUUAAUGAAGCCAUGUUGACAGGGGAGAGCAUGCCUGUUAAAAAGGAGAAAGGCAGCACAGUCAUGGGUGGCACUAUCAAUGCGCAAGGUUUACUUCUCGUCAAAGCUACCCAUGUAGGAGCAGACGCUUCCUUGGCCCAGAUUGUCAAACUUGUGGAAGAAGCUCAAACUUCUAAGGCCCCUAUCCAGCAGUUGGCAGAUAGUAUAAGCGGGUAUUUUGUUCCAGUAGUUAUUUUAUUAUCACUGCUAACGUUUGUUGUCUGGGAGAUAAUUGGUCAUCUCGGGAUUAUGGUCGACGAGCACUACUCACACGAAGAGUGGGCACUAUUAGCAGCUAUCAGUGUCCUUGUAAUAGCGUGCCCCUGCUCCCUAGGUUUAGCGACCCCGACUGCUGUAAUGGUUGGCACAGGAGUAGGGGCUCAAAACGGGAUACUAAUCAAGGGAGGCGAUCCACUGGAGACAGCUCACAAGAUAGAAAUUUGUGUGUUUGAUAAAACCGGUACUGUUACACUGGGAAAACCUAUCGUAAGCAGGAUGAUACAGAUAUCCAAAGAUGUGACACAGUUGGUUGCCAUAGCAAUUGCUGGAUCCGCUGAGAGUGCUUCGGAGCACCCCCUAGGAAAAGCUAUCACUAACCAUGCUAAACAGUUAUUGGACGUGGAACAGCUCGGAACGGUAGACGAUUUUAUUGCGAUUCCUGGAAAGGGUAUAAAAUGUACCGUGACAAAUCUCCGGCAUUUCUUCGACCUGUCAUCUGGAGUACACGUAGCUGAAAAGUACGAUGUAGCGAUAGGGAACAGAACGCUGAUCGGUGAGAGUGGGAUAUCUCUAGACUCCGAGACAGAGACUAUGAUGCGAGACUACGAGGAGAGGGGUCAUACUGCCGUUAUCAUGGUUGUAGAUGGUAAACUAAGCAGCAUCAUAACAAUCAGUGACCCUAUUAAGAAGGAUGCAGCAAGCGCAGUAGACCUGCUCAGAUCGUGGGGUAUCAAAGUGUUCCUACUAACAGGGGACAAUAUCAGAACGGCAGCUGCCAUCGCUAAAGAAGCAAACAUCCCAAGAGAGAGAAUAUUCGCUGGAGUACUCCCCAAACAAAAGGUAUCAAAGAUUCGAGCCCUACAAGAGAAAUACCAGUGUAAAGUUGCAAUGGUUGGGGACGGUGUGAACGACUCACCCGCAUUGGUUCAGGCUGAUGUGGGGAUUGCUAUCGGAACGGGAACUGAUGUUGCCAUAGAAGCAGCUGAUAUCGUUCUUAUCAAGGACAGUUUGUUCGACGUACCAGUGGCUAUUCACCUGUCACGUGUCACAGUUAGACGAAUCAGGAUCAACUUCGUGUGGGCGUUACUUUACAAUGUCCUGGGUAUCCCAAUAGCUGCUGGAGUCCUUAAACCCUGGGGGUUCACGUUUAAGCCAUUUGUGGCAGCCGCAGCAAUGAUGUGUUCAUCUCUUUGUGUUGUUAUUUCAUCUCUGUUACUUAAACUCUACAAAAAACCUGCAGAUGUACAGAGUGCUGAGGCAAAGCUAAGGGAUAAGCUGGCGUUGCUAAAAAGAGUAGCGGAACGUUCCCUCGACAAAAUUAAGAGGAACAAUUAUAAGAAAUCUAGGGACGAUCUCGAAGGAAGAGAGUUUAUUUUGAAAUCAUUGAGCAGUGAUUCAGAGUAUGAGGUGUGACGUCAGAGGUUUUGGUGUGACGUCAUAAAUUUUGAUGUGACGUCACAGGUUUUGAUAUAACGUUUAGAUAAAUUAUGUGCUUUUCCAAUUCCAUGCCCACAUUUCCCUUAUAUGGAUUAUUUCCUUAACAGAUGCUUGAAUAUAUUGCUUAAAUAGAUAGCUUAAAUAGGCUUAAAUUAUUUAUCAUCUGUUAGAGUUAGUGAAGGUAAUUAACAGGUGGUGCUAUAUUAUACUCGUUUAUAGGCCAGCUGCGAUUAACAAUCAGCUUGCAGCAUCGACCAAUAAAAAAUAAAAGCGAAAUUUACGUCUUCACGUGUCGAUAAAAAUAGCUUCCUCACUGAUAUCAUGGAAGCCGAAUCUAUUAAAUCAUAAUUUGUGAGUUAAAUAAAUAAAACGAUUGUGAACUUUACAGAUUUUGUAAUCAGAUGAAUCGAGCACGAGACAUAAUUAUCAAAACAGCAUGAAGAAAUUAAAUUAAAUAUGAUAUGAUUCACGUUUUUACGGCGUGGUAAGAUUCGUUUAUUGAUCUCUAUUUGAUAUAUCUAUUAUCUAUUAACUGUUAAUACAAUGUUUUUUAUCUUUCACUGAUUACGCGAUAAAAAUUCAAGUCCAUUGUUGCCACCUGAAGGUUGGCCAUAUUUAAGCUUACGAUUGUGCACGAAUUUGAAUUAUUAAUUUUUAAUGUAACUUUGUAAUUUUAGUUUAAUUUUAAGCUAACGAAGAUUAUCGGUUUCAGGUUCAUGAUUAUUCUUGUCAUUAAUUUGAUUUAUACGAAUAUUGAUAACAGCAAAUAUCUGCAUCGUGAUGAAAUGUAUCCAGCAAGAGACCAUUCACAGUAAUUACAUAAGC